CCUUGCUGGUUCUUCUUGUGCGGAGCAGUGAGACCGAGCCGAGGAGGGCAUGUUCGGCCGCCUCUCUCCUGGCGCGCUCCAAGUGCGGGCAGGCGCCUUGUUCGGGGCUCUUGGGACACGCACGCGCGUCUCGGACCGGGAGCGGCGCGGGUCAGCUCCUGAUGGCCCCGGGGCCGGUCUGGCGCGCGCGGCUGUGAGGGAGUGGACGCUGCAGGUGAGCCCGUUCGGACGGCUGAGGACGCGGCUUCCGUGCCACCUGGUCGUGAGGCCCCUGGAUGCCCUGGCGCACCCGGACGGCGACCGCGUGCAGGUGGCGGUGUGCGGCGUGGGGCGCGAGGCACGCGGCCUGGACAGUCUGCAGGUCGAGUACGAUGCCGCCCGGCAGGAGAUGGCCAUCCUGUCAGACGACAUCGACCCCCGGGCGUCGGUGGAGGUGAACGCACCCCUCAAGUUUGAUUUGAGUAUUGAGUCAUCAGGGUCUGGCUCUGUAAAGGUGCAGAAUAUUGAAUGUGACAACUGUAAAAUUGACACUGUGCAGGGGACCAGCAUCUUGCAGUCUGUGAAGAGCCAAAAGUUACAUGUUCAAACAAAAGGAGGCAAUGUGAACUGUCUGGGAACAAUUUACGGAAAUGUAGACAUCCAUGCAUCGCAUCACAGUACUGUGACCAUAGAUAAACUUCAGGGAAGUUGUGUUAAUAUAUCUACAGAGGAUGGUUUGCUGAAAGUCAAGUAUCUUUAUACAGAAUCUUCAUUUCUGACUUCUGCUGCUGGGGAUAUUGCAUUAGGAAAUGUUCAUGGAAAUAUCACAUUACAAAGCAAGAUGGGUAAUAUUACAGUUGAUUCGUCCUCCGGAUGUCUAAAGGCCUCAAGUCAGCAGGGUGCCAUAGACGUUUAUGUCAGCCAGCUGGGGGAAGUGGCCCUGACCUCACAGGAAGGUGCUAUUACUGUCAAGGCCCCAUCUUCUCUACGAGCUUAUUUAAAGCUAUCAGGGAUAGAGGUGGUUGUGGAUUCAGAAGCUCAAGUUCAGGAAAUGGCCAAAGACCAUGAAGGUGGCCAUGUGACGGUUACAGGACUCAUGAAUCAAGCGAGCAGACAUGAAAGGUGGAUAAAUGCUGUUGCCCCCAAAGGCACUGUAAGUUUUAAACAUCAGAGCUGGUUUCAGUCUCUGAAACUGCAGGACUAAGAAUGACUUCAGCUGUGUUUAUUAAUUUUAGUAUGGACUAACAGACCUGUGAGUAUAAAAGUACAGGCACCAGUAUUCAUAUAAAUGUCAAAAACAACAGCAUAGCGGGGAAUACUGGUGAACUAUCUCAGGGGGACUUUUGCAAAAUGUGUACUUAGCUGUAGAAUUCAUUUUCUAUUGCUUUAUUCCAAAUUACAAAACCCCCAAGAUAUGUUCUAAGACCCCUGGUGACCCACAGACUGUGUCAACUGCUGUACACUGUGUUUUUUCAUAGACACAUAUGCCCACUGAAUGCCUUUAUGCUCAACUAAGCAGUUAUGUUCUCUGGCCAAAACACUUACCAUUGUACUUCCAAUAGCAAAAUAAUGGCUUUCUUUUCCCUUCUUUACAACUUCACACAAGUGCACCCACCCUGACUCAGCAUAUUAUUUAGUUUAGUUUUCUUAUUAAGUUGAGAACUUUUACUUUCUUCCUUAAAGCAUUUUGUGGCUUCUCUUUGUCAGGCCCAAUUGCAAGCAAUCACUAUGAUUGUGCUUUAGAGCCGUUACUAAGAUAAGGGCUUCUUGAACUCUGCCACUAUGACACUACCAUGAUGGUUGGACAGCCAGGGUGGCUACCGAGUGACUAACAGAGAGAUAGUAUACUCGCAUCUUGAAUGAUUUCCUCAUGCUACUUCAAAUGACACAUAAUUUAAAACAUGCAGUACUUAUUUCUAGAACUUAUCAACUAUAAGUUACUGAAGAAAUAAAAAGCAAAUCCUUGGAUGGGAGCAGAAGAACAGUUGUAUCACAGAUUUAAUGACUUUGGGUCACUGUUUUAGCAACUAUAAAGUUGGUAAUGUUGGCCUUGUGCUGCUCAGUGUCACAUAGCUGAAAUAAAGAUGUUGGCCAGGCUGGGAAUAUUAUCUGGGGACUGUGGUGAGAAAUUUCCCAAGUUCCCUCACAUUAUAAGGAAAAAUCAAAUUUCUUAUACCUGUAUGGCAUCAUUUUCUUGGGCUUCCACAAACAAUCACUCCUUCUAAAGACUAUCCGCAUGCCAUCUCCUUCCUCAUGUUGGCCCUCUGUCUUCAAGCAAAACAAAGAGUCCUUCUCAUGCUCUGAAUGUCUGACUUUCUAGUAAACUGGAGAAAUCUCUGCUUGGUUGACCAAGAUAUUUAACAUGAUUAUGGGACUACCACAUUGUGUUCACAGCUCCCACUCAAAAGAUGACUAUGUAAAGGCACCAUUGUUGGAGUCAUCUUAGGAUUGUUGGUAUUGUAAAACCCAUGGAACUGAUUUUCUUGUUGGUACCUCCUAUGGCAUUGUCUUUAAGUUGUGAAUAAAACACUUGUCAUGUAGGGGAAGCAAGUGCUUCUGAUUUUAGUGUAUCUUGUGUAGGUUAUGAUACACCUCACUAAUGGGAUGUAUGAAGAUACAAAUAUACUUUUAUAAGCUGUGCUUUAUAGACUUACUUUGUGGAUUCAAAACUGAAAAGAUCAAUUUGUUGGAUUAAAUAUUUUGAUUUGGAUAAAUCAGUGAUUAAACACAGAUUUCAAGUAAAUGUUUCUAAUUACAA